AUGCUAAAUAUUUUAAAAAAUAUUGAUUUAUUUGGAGUACCAUUUAUAUAAGGAAUAGACCAAAAGUAGUCUAAAUAUUAGAGCAUAUUCGGUGGAGUAUUAUCCUUAUUAAUUUUUUCAUUCAGUUUUGGAUAUGCUAUUUGGAUUAUUUAUUUAUGGCAAACAAAAUAAAUGAAUCCUAAAGUAUCAACUUCCAGAUUUGUUUCUGACUACUCAGCCCUUAAUCUCAAUAAUGACUUCAUUAAACUAUAUUAUUGGUAGUAUGAUGAUAAUCUAAUUGAUCCUUUUUAAACAAAAAUUCUCUUGCCUCUGGUUAUUUACAAUAGAUAAAAUUAGUUAACAUAACCAUAGCUUAUAACAAAUUAAACAGUUACUAGUCAUGGGAAUACAUAUAUACCAAAAAUAGAAUUAGGUUUUUCAAAUAUAGAUGGAGAAAUAUAUACAUCUGAAGAAAUGUAUAUAUAAAUAGUAUUCUGCUCAGAAAUUUAUCUAAAGUCAGAUGAGAAGUGUGCAUCUGAAGAGCUAAUUUAACAAUUUUUUAAAUAAGCUUCUAAUUUGGUUGUGGUUCAAAUUUAUUCAACGACUUUGAAUUCUAGAGAUGGAUCAGAAUAAAUUGGAUUAUAAGAAUUCUAUAUUUAGAUAGAAGAAAAAUUUUGUUAUACAAUGAAUACAUUUUUAGAAACAAAUUUAUAUGAACUCUAGGAUUAUUUUUUAUUUGGAACAUCUUAAUUUAAGGAAUAUGUUUCUGGAGCUGUAGUACAAACCUAAACAAGUUCAUCUGAGUAUUGUUAUAAGAAUUUUAAUAAUAAUGCACUUUCUUUAAUAUAUUUGGGAAUGAAUGGAAAUCAAAUGAAAACUAUAUUUGAGUAUCCUCGUAUUGGAGAUAUUUUGGCAAAUAUUGGAUCUAUCAUAUCACUAUUAUUCAUGAGUAAAUAUGUAAUUAUUAUUUUAAACCAAUAUUCUUUAAAAUAAAGAAUAAUANUUUAAAGGAAAUUAUAUAAUUAGUUUUGUAGUUAUUUUUAGACACAUUAGAUCUUAUAUUUUAAUUGUCAAUUUAAUGAACGAACAAUAAGGAUGGUGAGAUUAUUAUUUAAUAUAAAUAUAAAAUUCUUUUUUAUCAUUCUAUUCUAAAAACUUCUGAGAUGA